UUUAAUUUAAAUUCAUAAGUGAUAAAGAUAAACCUUAUCAGCAAAACUCUCAGGAACUGUAUCAGACGCUGUAGUGGACAUCUGAGUGGUGGACUUCAGUAGGAGUAAACACGCCUCGUAUUGAAUUGUGGGCUGUGUCCUUGAAUAGCCCAGUGGCAGAGGGGACUCCUCUGAGGAAAGUGGGGAGGGAGCUAGCGUGCGAUCAACUUUCCGUUUCAAAACAGCCAUGAUUAUCACAUUCAUUUUAAUCAUCACGUUACUAUGGCUGCUGUUCAAAUAUUGGGUCUCCAAUUACAAAUAUUGGGACGAAAAAGGAAUUCCAUCUAUACCCGGGAGAUUUCCUUACGGUAGUGAACUCAACUUGACGUUAUUUAAAAAAUUUUUGGGAGAAGUGUUCCAAGAGAUGUGUCAAAAAUUCCCGUCAUCGCCUUAUUUUGGAGCUUACUUAAUGAGAAAACCGAUUCUUAUUAUCAGAGAUCCAGAGUAUGUUCAGAUGGUGUUAGUAAAAGAGUUUUCCAGCUUCAGGGAUAGGCUGUUCGUUAAGAUACCUGAAUCUGAUAUGCUUUCACAACACCUCGUCAACUUGGAAGGUGAUAGAUGGAAAGCACUCCGUAACAAACUGAGUCCAACGUUUACAAGUGGUAAAAUGAAGACUAUGUUUCCAUUUUUUCUCAAAAGUUCUGAGAGUUAUGGUUCACUACUUCAAUCCCACGUCGACAGCAUUAUUGACGUAAAAGAUUUGGCCUCGAGGUAUACAACAGAUGUUAUUUGCAGUUGUGCUUUUGGUUUAGAUACGAAUGUCAUGGAGAACGAAAAUAGUAACUUGAUUAAACUUGGAAAGAAUAUAUUAUCGAUUAAUUUCAAGCUCCUCUUUGCAUUCCUCAUGACGACAACAUUUCCGAAAUUUUCUGAAUAUUACCAGUUCAGAUGUACUCCUGAAAAAAAAGAAAGCCAGGUAUUUGUCUACAAUCUCGUAAAAGAUACCAUUAAACAGCGAGAGGAGAAAAAUAUCAAAAGGAAGGAUUUUCUUGAUCUCUUGCUUCAACUAAAAAAUAAAGGAAAUUUGGACGACGAGCAGGAUGAAGUAAUAGAAGAAAAUAUUCCACCUUUCGAUAUGAACUUGGAAAGGCUGGCAGCACAAUGUUUUGUUUUCUUCGUGGCUGGUUACGAAACCUCCAGCUCAGUCCAGUCCUUUUGCCUCUAUGAGCUGGCCUUGAACCCUGCAAUGCAAGAAAGAGUCCAAACCGAGAUAGACCGGAUGGAACAACUGCAUGCUGGUGUUACCUACGAUGCUGUGAAGGAGAUGACCUAUCUGGAUAUGGUAGUCUCAGAAACGAUGAGGAAAUAUCCAACUCUUCCAGCCUUGUCAAGAUUGUGUACCAAAUCAGUGACGAUGCCGAAUGGAGAUGAAAUUGAAAAAGGGACAUUCCUUUACAUCCCGGUUUGGGCUCUACAUCACAAUCCAGAAUAUUUUCCAGAGCCGGAUAAAUUUAAUCCAGAAAGAUUCUCUGAAGAAAAUAAACACACCAUCAAUCCAUUUGCGUACAUACCAUUCGGCGAGGGACCAAGAUUUUGUAUUGGAAAGAGGUUUGGCCUUCUUCAGACAAAAAUGGGACUCAUAACCAUUUUGAGAAACUACUCUGUUGAACCCUGCGGAAGUACUCAAAUUCCAUUGAGAAUGAGCAGUGCUCCAUUAACGACGACAACUGAGCCAAUAAAAUUAAAACUUGUCAAGAGGAAAUUCCUUUGACUCCUUCCAUUGGGUCAAUGCUGAGCUCUUUAUGAAGCCAACUGAAUUAAUGAUUAUAUGUCUCUCUCAUUCCUAUCUGUUGCAAUAGGUUGUUAGGGCAGUUAUUUUAAUAUAUUGUUUCCUUUCCAGUUCGUUUACCUAUUAAUAAGAAUAUUUUGUACUGUAGUAAUUGUGAUAUUGGAUAAAGUGUGGAACAUAUUUUGGAAUAGCUAAAUUGUAACCAAUUAUUAAUAAAUAAAGUUUAAUUUUUUAUUUA